AUGGCUUCAAAUCUUCUUCGACUGGCCGAUAGAUGUGGAUGCUAUAAUGAGGAUGAAUUCAAUUCUCAACAACAAGACAAUGAAAUGGAUUUAACUAACCUAUUAUCGGAAUCUAUGAAUAUUCAAGAUAGAAUUUUUCAACUCCAUGAAAAGUACGAAUUAAUGAUGGAAUAUAACAAGACGUACGAUUUGCUCAAUGAUGAAAGAUUGUCGGAGCGAUUGAUGUUAUUGAAUGAAUUGUGUGAUAAUUUGGAAAGGUUCUCAGUUAACAAGUCAAAGAUUUUGAACAAGAUUCAAGCUCCAACUCUUGACACCUCACAAAAGCUUGUCAAAAUUAAUCGUGAAUAUCAACCACAUUUUGCCAAUUUGUUGAAGAGUAUUGCCAGAACGAUGGAUAUUGUACAUCAAUCGAUCAAUAAUAUUGAGUGGGCCUCUGUGAAAAAGAAGAACAUUGAAAAGAGUAAAUUAGAAGAUGUGUUUAAAUCAAUUCCACAAAUGCUUUCAAAAUAUCAAAGAUUUGUCUCUACCAUUGACUCCCAAACACUGGCUCUAAAUAGUGCUGCAAAUAUUUGA